AUGUGGCUGCUCCCGGUUCUGCUCCUUCUCAUCAUCCAAGGCCACUUCUCCAUCUGCCAAGAGGGGAUGGUGAGAGCCACAGAGUGGGGCACACUGACAGCUUAUUGUGAGUAUACCCCAGGAUGGGAAUCCUACAAGAAGUGGUGGUGCCACGGGAAGAACUGGAUUUACUGCAAAAUCCUUGUAAAAACCACCAGGACGAAUGAACCGGUAAAGAAGGGCCGAGCAUUCAUCCAGGACAAUCCCAACCAACGCACAUUCACCAUGACCUUAGAGGAGUUCCGUCCAGAUGAUGCAGACACCUACUGGUGUGGGAUUGAGAGAACCGGCGUUGACCCAGUGUACAAAUUAUCUGUGAUUGUUGACCCAGCACCGGAUCCAGCAGAUUUUCCCAAGCCUGUGAUGAGACCCACAACAGCCAGUUGGGAUUCCACAUUUCCAUUUACCCAGGGCAUUAACAGUACCCAGCUCGUGACUCUGACCAACCCCGAUAGCAGGUGA